AUUAUCAAACCCUAACCCCCAAAAUCCCCCAUUUUAAUUGGUUCUCCACUUCUACUGCGUUCAAUUGGCGACGGGCGAAACUCUGACUCUCCGAGCGUUCGACUAGCGACGGGCGGCAGGCGGCGAUCGGCAUUGGCGAUUGGCGAUUGGCGACACACCUGCAGUGAGUUAAUGACAGAAAGUGGUUAAACUUGACUCGAAUACCAAUGGAUGAGGUGGUGGAGGAGGUGGAGAAGGUGAAGAAAGAGUUUGAGGAAACAAGCAAAAAAGCAGAGAAUCACAUCAAUUCCAUCCAAGAUUACGGAAAAAAUAAAGUAGGAUUAUCCUCAGCAACAGCAGAAGAGAAGAGUUCGCUCCCCAGACUGAAUGGCCUUGCACAAGACAGUUUAAAUCUGCUCCAAUCACUCCAAUUCAAGCUUGAUCUCUUGGCACCACAGCUGCCCACUGAUGAUCAGGUCCAGGAUGCCCAGUUUUUGGCAGAAUCUUGGAAAAAGCUUAUUCAUAGCUUGAGGUUGAGUCUCAGAAAUGCUAAUUUGCAAGCCAAGGUUAAUAUGAGGAAAGCUGCACAAGAAGAGAGAGAAUUGCUUCUGGGAGGUGGAGGAGAAUCAACCAUUCGGAGGCGUAACCUACAGACAAAAGCUGGAAUGACAUCUGCAGCUGAAAGCAUCACAGAGAGUCUGCGCCGCACUCGCCAGAUGAUGAUUCAGGAGGUUGAAAGAAGUGCAAGUACUCUCAUGACUUUUGAGGAAUCAACAGGAGUAUUGAGAAAAGCUGAAAGCGAAUACAAGGGCCAUCGCUCAUUGCUGAUGCGAACCCGAAACCUUCUCUCCACAAUGCAACGUCAGGAUGUUAUUGAUAGGGUGAUACUUGUUGUUGGGUUUCUUCUUUUCGCAUUGGCAGUUCUUUAUGUUGUUUCAAAGCGUAUUGGGCUACUCAAGUUACAGCGGAAGGUAAUGGAAGCCGUAAAGAGUGGCAUGGCGGGGCAAGUGGAGAUUGUACCUAGGGCUGGAGGAGAUGGUGCUAACAUUGUCCAGAUCCAACAGAAUGCCGUUCCUAUGUUGAAUGUACCCUUGGAACAACAUAUGCAUGAUGAACUUUGAAGUUUCUUUUGCAAGGUAUUCUGUUUGUAGCCCUGUCGUUCGAUUUGAUCAAAUCCAAUGCUGUGUCUAGCUGGAACUUGGAAGCAGUGACUGACAAUGAAGAUGGUAAAGUCAGUGGGUGGUGCCUGGUGGUUCUAAUUUGUGCCUGGAAUUUCUUGAGUAGUGGAUUGCUCUAUAGAUGAAAUGAUGUGCGGAUGUGAUUAGUUUUGUAUUUAGAUAACAAAAGAAAGAUUUGAUAUUGAUUGUGUUUUUUCUUUGUUAUUUGUUGGUGGAUCUUUAUUGUAAAAUUGGGUUGAGUUAUAGUGAAUUAGUAUACAUCAUUGUUUUACA